CAAACUUACAUAUUUUAAUUAACUGGAAUGUUGCUGUAUGGUGUAACACAUGGCAGUGCCACUGCAGUCAAUAAGCUAGCUAGCUAGUUAGCCAACUAACGUCACAGUGGGUUAGCGACAACGUUAUGUUUGACAAGUUGAAUAACGUUAGGUAUCUGUUUUAGGAAGUGUUCAUUUUACUUAACGUCAGCAAGUUUGUGUUAAUUGACACUUUAUAUAGGUUACACAUUCAUUCAAGAGCUCUAAUUUGGAUACGUACCAUCAAUAGUUUUGCACUUAGCUAGCUAGUUGCCAGUAUGUUAGCUAACGUUACACAAAGCUAAAACGAAUACAUACAUAGCUACAUAUAUCAACACAUCUCUAACGCAGUUUCAACAACAACGAACUGACAUUAUCAUCUUCAAAAAUGCUGAACUGAUUGAAAACAUGGAUAAGAAAGCAACCUGGGACCGCUUCUACGCCGAGAGCAGCAGCGAGACAUCCACCUUCAAAAACUUUGAGUGGUUCUUUGGCUUCGAUGCUGUCCGGGACUUCAUUAUGCCUCUCUUGCACACCGAGUCCCACCCAGAUGCUCUGCUCCAAGUCCUGGAUAUGGGCUGUGGCACUUCUGCUCUAGGGCCCUGUAUUUUCAGACACUCAGCCCACCCGGUCCGGGUCACUUGUGCAGACAUCUCUCCCGUAGCUGUGCGACUAAUGCAGGAACACGUCCGAGCCAAAGCCAUUCAGCCUCACAAUCUCUGUUCUCAGCUGGAGUUCGUAGAGCUGGACUGCACACAGCUUCACAGGCACUAUGGCUGUAGCAGCGUGGACCUUAUAGUUGAUAAGGGCACCACAGACGCCUUGUUGAGGUCUAAGGAAGGGAGAGGGAAGGCCAGUCUGGUGCUGAAGCAGUGUUUGAAGGUGCUGCGGAGCUCAGGAUCUGUGCUCCAGUUCUCCGAUGAGGACCCUGAUGCCAGGCUGCUGUGGCUGGAGACGGAGGCCCAGGAGCCGGGGGUGAUGGCAGCAGAUGUUGGGGUGCAGGAGGUCGGGGAGCUAAGGGGAAUGUCUUACUACUGCUACCAAGUGACUCCUCGCCCUAUUGUAUAGCAGCUAGGGACAGACCGAUUAUCGGCCCGUUUUUUUUGGCAGUUUACAGAUUGCCUGUAUCAGCGUUUUAUUUGCCGGAGAACAGAUGAAGUUAAUUAAGUAAACCGAGCGCUCCCUCUGCUCUGGUUUCACUCACCACUGAGCCUGACCUAAUGUCCCGCCCACACCACUAUCCGACUGUGUAUUAUGUUGACAGUUUGUCAUUUAUUAAAUAAUUGCCUAAAGCAUGUGUUGGAUUUUGAAACAUUCCAGAAUCUUAAUUUUGACUUUUUAUUUUCGCCGUAUAUGCACAUUGGUUGCAAAUAUCGGUUAUCAGUUUUAUUAACUACUAAUAAUCUCUAUCGAAAAAAAACAGUAUUGGUCGAUCCCUAAUCUGGACAGUCAUAAUGUUAAAUAAGAAAAAGUCUUAUUAAAAGUUAAAUUUUUUAACAUGAUAGUAAAAAAAAAAAUGCAUGUGUUUUACUCUCACUCAAUCUGCCUCAUUGUUGUCUUUUUCUGUGAUCGAUGUACAAGACAAGACAAAUGACGUGUGUCAAGUCUGGCUCAACGGAUGUACAUCGCUGGGAUAAAACUUGACAUCCGGCGCGUCCCCUUCCCCUCACUAUCUCCGCUGUUGGGGCUUUGUGCCGCCCAGGGUGGUUGUGAUUGGUUUAAAGAAAUGCAAAC